CCUCGCAAAGCCGCAUUUCAUUAUCUUCUCCAAACGAAGAAACCCUAGGAGCCCUCUUCGCGCUCUACCUCUUUCUCAUUCUACAGUCCCCACCUUCCUCGCAGCGCACCAGGAAACCCUCUCUAUCUCUCCCCCCCUCUCUCUCUCUGGAGGACUUGGUAGCUGAAGAAAGGCCGCGAUGGCAGACGUGAUGUUGAUGAAGGAAAUAGAGACAACAGCGGAUCGGCUCGGUAUCGAUCUCGCCACUGUAGACCUUGACUCCAUUAGCUUACCUCCUGGCCAAGAUUUUGGCAUAGUAAGCGAUGACGAAGAUGUCCUUCAAGGCGGGGACAAUCCAGAGUUGGACAUUGGGUUUGGAAAUAUAAUUAUUGUUGAUAACCUUCCUGUUGUUCCUCGGGAGAAGUUUGAUAAGCUCGAAGGUGUUAUACGUAAAAUCUACAGUCAGAUUGGCGUGAUUAAGGAGGACGGGCUAUGGAUGCCUAUUGAUCCCGAGACUCAAAAAACUUUGGGUUAUUGCUUUAUUGAGUUUAACAGUCCUCUGGAAGCUGAACUCGCCAGGGAGAAGACAAAUGGUUACAAGUUAGACAGGUCUCAUAUUUUUGCCGUGAACAUGUUUGAUGAAUUUGAUACAUUCAUGAAAGUUCCAGAUAAGUGGGCCCCUCCUGAAUUUACACCAUAUACUUCAGGGGAAAAUCUUCAACACUGGUUGACUGAUGAAAAAGCUCGUGAUCAGUUUGUGAUUCGUGCUGGUUCAGAUACUGAGGUUUUAUGGAAUGAUGCGAGGCAGCUGAAGCCUGAGCCUGUUUACAAGCGUGCUUUCUGGACUGAGAGUUUUGUUCAGUGGUCCCCACUGGGGACUUACUUGGCAACAGUUCAUCGGCAAGGUGCCGCAGUUUGGGGAGGUGCCAGUACCUUCAAUCGCCUCAUGCGUUAUGCUCACCCUCAGGUUAAACUUGUUGAUUUUUCCCCUGGCGAGCGAUAUUUAGUGACCUACAGCAGCCAUGAACCCAGUAAUCCUCGGGAUGCAAAUAGGGUCGUGAUAAAUAUUUUUGAUGUGAGAACUGGAAAAGUGAUGAGAGAUUUCAAAGGAAGUGCCGAUGACUUUGCUAUUGGAGGAACUGGUGGUGUUGCGGGGGUGGCAUGGCCUGUUUUCAGAUGGGCUGGCGGAAAAGAGGACAAAUAUUUUGCCAGAAUUGGGAAAAACAUAAUCUCUGUCUAUGAAACAGAGACCUUUUCUCUCAUUGACAAGAAAUCACUGAAGGUUGAAAAUGUUGUGGAUUUCUGUUGGUCACCAACUGAUCCAAUUCUUGCACUCUUUGUUCCUGAACUAGGGGACCAUCCUGCUAGGGUGAGUCUUAUGCAAAUUCCAAGUAAAGAUGAGUUAAGGCAGAAGAAUCUUUUCAGUGUUAGUGAUUGUAAAAUGUACUGGCAAAGCAAUGGGGAUUAUCUAGCUGUUAAGGUCGAUCGAUAUACAAAAACAAAGAAAAGCACUUACACAGGCUUUGAGCUUUUCCGUGUAAGAGAACGGGAUAUUCCGAUUGAGGUUUUUGAGCUUGAGAAUAAGAAUGACAAGAUAAUUGCCUUUGCUUGGGAGCCAAAAGGCCACAGGUUUGCUGUUAUCCACGGCGAUAACCCAAGACCCGACAUAAGUUUUUACUCUAUGCGUUCUGCAAACAACACAGACAAGGUUAAGAAGCUCACUACCCUGAAAGGCAAGCAGGCAAAUGCUCUUUUCUGGUCACCUACUGGUCGCUUCGUAAUACUUGCAGGAUUGAAGGGUUUUAAUGGACAAUUGGAAUUUUACAAUGUUGAUGAGCUUGAAACCAUGGCAACAGCUGAGCAUUUUAUGGCUACAGAUAUUGAAUGGGAUCCGACUGGAAGGUAUGUUGCAACUGCUGUGACUUCAGUUCAUGAGAUGGAAAAUGGUUUCAACAUAUGGUCCUUCAAUGGAAAGCUACUCUAUAGGAUCCUGAAGGAUCAUUUCUUUCAGUUCUUGUGGCGCCCAAGGCCACCAUCAUUCUUGAGUCCUGAGAAGGAGGAGGAAAUUGCAAAGAAUUUAAAGAAGUACAGUAAAAAGUACGAGGCAGAGGACCAGGAUGUUUCGAUGCUAUUGAGUGAGCAGGAUCGGGAGAAGCGGAGGAUGUUAAAGGAGGAGUGGGAGAAGUGGCUCAACGAGUGGAAGCGGUUGCAUGAAGAAGAAAAACUGGAGAGGCAGACACUGAGGGACGGAGAAGUAAGCGACGAAGAGGAAGAGUAUGAGGCAAAAGAAGUAGAAGUUGAGGAGAUAUUGGAUGUUUCAGAGGAGGUACUUUCUUUUGAGGAGUGAUUAGUGAUAAUGAUUUGGAGCCUUGGAUACCUCUGUUUCAAUACAACAUACCCAAGCAGGACAGCACUUAAGUGCUGAAGUGCUUUUGGACACGUUUUUUGGUUCUUUUUUUUCCCAGUUUUGCCACCUGCCUUUUUCUUCGCAGCAUCUUUUGUUAAUUUUUCUUCAUGAUGUAUUUUUUUAGUAUAAUAUUAUCAUCGACUAGAGUUGUGAUA